AUGCCCGUCGUCGAUCUCGCAACUGCCCACGCUCACGCCACGUAUUUGGCGAGCAGCAGAAUCAAUGUUGAAGAGACCAGCGCAGUCACAGCAACAGAGGCACAGCUGCUGACAAGCUGGGCAACACGAGAGCGCCGCCAAAAUGCGCAGCACCGCGUGCCUGCUGUCACUUUAUCCGUGGCCGCAUCACCAGCAGCACGAAGCAACGCGGAUUCAUCAUCAGCCUCUGCCAGCGCCGCUGCGCCAACAACGUUGGUCCCAGCGUCCAAACUCCUGACACAGGCGUCUCGCAUCUUUGCCGCCGUGGAGGCUUGCGAACCGGCCGUAAUCGCUGCCUUUGGCGAUGCUAGAUGGCCAGCAGCAAACACAGACAAUGAUGGAAACGCCACCACCAGCACCACCAGCACCAGCACCACCACCACCACCACCACCAGCAGGGGCAACAGGGGCAGGGGCAGUGGCGGUGGACGGUCCUUGGUUGGGUCGCUCAUGGCGGUUCGCGAUGCCGGCGCUCCAAUACUGGCCUCCGCCACUGCGCAAGAGGCACACGACAUGGCGCUGGUUGCCCACGUCGCUGCGCGUCUUGCUCGCACGCCAGUGGUGCACGCUGUCUUGCCUGGGCCAACCCACGCAGCCGCGCAAGUUUCGACCUCGCUCAUCUCCUCCGAUGUGCUCGCGUCCAUCCUGGCCCUGACAGCGGAUGCAGCGCCUGACGGCAACAACGGCGUCAACAACACGGGUUCCACGUCUUGCCCCCCAGCAACACGUGCAGGCGCGUCCAUUGCCACGCCCACCGCGAUGCAGCGUGCGUUUGAUCUCAUCAACGAGCGCGCCCUGCGCCCGGAAACCGCUGCCCCUUACGCUUUCUUCGAGUACACGGGGCCAGCCGCAGCCACCACCGCCAUCGUCACCCUCGCUGCAGGUGUUGCCCCAGCACUCGCCCACGCAGCUGCACUGACGCAAGACGUCGCGCGUGGCAUCGGUGGUGUUGGGAUCUUGGCCGUGCGCUGCCUUCGACCAUGGCAGCCCCAACUCUUCCUUGAAGCCCUCCCCACCUCAAUUACCACCAUCGUGGUUCUCGCCGAGUCACCCGAUGCACCGCCAAGUGGAAGUGACAGCGACAGCAGCGACGGCAACAAUCUGUCUGCCCUUCGCGUGCUCACUGCGGACGUCACCACGGCGCUGCAUCUCGGUGGCGUUGCUGGCGACAUUGCUCUCCGGCAGCUUGUCCUCCACACCAGCAGCGCCCACGCCUCUCCACACCCGGCCCUGGUCGAGGCAGCCACUGCACACCGCAUCCUGCAGGCGCUUGCGGAGCUGAGUCGAGAACACGCGCAAAAUGCGCUUCAUCUUGGAGCAGUUACCACACCCACAGGCAACACAGAGCACGUCGACGCUGAUUGUGCUGUUGUUGCUGGCUCCAGCAUGGCCGUUUGGAACGUGGGUGGCGCCACGCCUUUCCUCCACAAACAGGCCACAGAAGCAGUCGACACCCUGCUGGCUAAGACAACGGCUGGGGGCGUUUCAAGCACCUCCGAUCGUGUUGCCUCCACCAGCAGUGACACUGCCACGGCGGCGACAAUGACAACUGCCGCUCCAACAAGCGCCAGCCCAAGCAGCAACAGCACAACUGACAGGCUUCUGUUGCCUGCCACGGUUGUGAGCGAUGCUGGCCGCGCUGGUUCAGCAGGUCGCAUCACGUGCACGACCAUCACGCCACCAUCCCCAACAACAACAGCACUAUCGUCGCUGCGUGCGCUGCAUGUGCACACGGUCGUCGUUGCUGAUGCAAGCCUGUUGUUCCUCCCACAAGUACCUCUCCUCGCCUCCCUUGCGCCGGGUGGCCGCGUUGUCCUGUGCACGGACUGGGCACAGGACGAGGUGGACUUUGAACUUCCACCCGCCUUCAAGCGUGAUUUGCUUGCACGUAAUGCAACGCUGCUCAUUGCACCGAUUCAGCUGCAGGGGGACGGCGUGCUUGACGCACUUGGCAUGCGAGGCGAUGCGUUGCAGCGGGUGUCGCUCACGCGGCUGCCACGCGAGGCCGAUAGCCCUCUCCUGCCAGCGCACCAUGAUGAAUACACAUUGCCAACUCCAACACCAGCAUCGCUGUUGUUUGUGCCGCUGUGUGUUGACGAUGGGCAGCUGGUUUCCAGUGGUGAUGCGUCCACGCAGGCGCGUGUGGAGGCUGAGGCGACACAGCCCUAUGUCAGCUUGCUACGCUCUCUUUUUGGAGAGCGCUUUGUCUUGGCGCACGCGUCCACGACUGCAGCCCACCAGCACCCAUCCACGACUGCAGCCCACCAGCACCCAUCCACGACUGCGACCCACCAGCAUUCCACCAACACAAGCAGCACAAGCAGCACGCCGUCGCUGUUCAAUGGGGCGUACACCGCGGGAACGGACAGCACGGCAGACGUUCGCGCCAUCUUCAACGCGAGCACGGACAUGUGCUUUGGCAUCUACCUGGCGCGCAUCCACCGUCGCCGCGCCCUUGUGCGCCUCGUCACCAGUGCCCUUGCGCCGCCUGGGCUCGACAUGCCGGCCAACCUCCGCUCUGCUCUCGACCUGUGGCUGAAGCACCGAAACGACGCGGACAAGAGCCGCCGUCUGGGUGCCGUUGCCACGCAGCACUUGGCAGCCGUGCACACGCGUCAUCCCACCCUGGCUGCCAUCUUUCGCGCGCGCGAGCACUUUCCCAAGCCGAGCCGGUGGAUUCUCGGGGCAGAUGCGUGGGCGCGCGACAUUGGGCUGAGCGGCUUGCAUCAUGUCAUUGCCUCUGGCGAGAACGUGAAUGUGAUUGUGCCCGAGAUGGAGGACUACAGCUCGCCGCGGCCGGAGCUGCGCAGGGAAGGGCGACUCAAGCGGGACAUUGCGCUGUACGCCAUGAACUAUGGCGGCGUCUAUGUUGCGUCCAUUGCUGUGCAUGCGGGCGCCUCGCAGGCCAUGCGUGCGCUGGCAGAGGCCGACGCCUUUGAUGGGCCCGCCAUCAUCGUCGCUUACGCCCCUCCUCCCACGCGGCGACGGCAGCGCCAGCAGGAGCAGCAACAGCAACAACAACAACAACAACAACAACAACAGCAACAGCGACAAGAACAAGGCGAGGGCGGUGCUGGUGAGGUGGGAGUGCAGGCGAGCAGCCGCAUGGCAGCGGAGAGCGAAGCAGCUGUUGCUUUAGGAGCGUGGCCGCUCUUUCGUUACAACCCGGCGCUGGAACAGGAGCAGUCAACUGGCCCUGAUGGCACUCGUCACGGCAAGGACGGCGGCAGUGAUGUUGUCGCAGCAGCAACCAGCGCAACGUCGUCGUCGUCAGGCACGCCUGCUGCAGCACCGACAAGGCAGGUGCCAGCAGCCUUCCGCCUCGACUCAGCAAAACUUCGCAGCGAUAUUGAGGCGUUUCUUGCACGGGAGUCACAGUUGAGUCUCCUGACCCGCAGCGACGACAGCAACAACGGCAACAACAACCACAGCGACAGCAGCAGCAGCAGCAGCAGCAGCAGCAGCAGCAGCAACGACACCAUUUCCCAGUCGUUGGAAGAGAGACUGGUUGCGGCGCAGCGGCGGUUGCAAGCCAGUGUCCACUCGAACGCGCGGCAGCGCAUCGAACUCAAGAUCCUGGUGCUGUAUGGGUCUGACAGCGGCAACGGCCUUGCUGUGGCCGAGCAGGUGGCGAGGCGGUUGGAGUUCAGGGGCGUGACCGAUGUGCGGUGCGUGGAGGCAAAUGCGGUGACGGUGGAUGAGCUUGAGGACGAGGAGGAAGAGGGCGGCGUGGUGCUCUUUGUCAUGUCCACGGCAGGGCAGGGCGAGAUGUGCGGCAACGCAACGAACCUGUGGGCUGCUGUCCGCAAGGCAAAGCAAGGGCGCCUGAGGCACCUGCGGUUUGCUGUGUUUGGGCUUGGCGACAGCCAGUACUGGGGCAAAGGCACUGCCGACAGCGCCAAGUACUUUUGCAAGCCUGCGCGCGACCUUGACGCGGUGCUGCGCGGGCACGGGGCGACGCAGCUGGCGCCGUGCGGCCUUGGCGACGACCAGCACGAGAACGGGUACAUGGAGGCGUUGCACCCAUGGCAGGAGGCCGUGUUCGCAGCGCUGGAUAUUCCGCCCGUGGACGGGGAGGACGCCGCGUUUGCUGCGGGGGCCGGCGGCAAGCAGCUGGUGGACGAGGACAUCAAAGGCGGGAGCGGGUACCUUCGAGGACACAUCCAGCGCUCGCUGGCGGACCGGAGCACGGCGGCCAUUCUUCCCGAGGACGCCAAGCUGACCAAGUUCCACGGCAUCUACAUGCAGGACGACCGCGACGUGCGGCAGGCGCUGUACGACGCGGGUAAGGAGCGCGCGUACUCGUUUAUGGUGCGUGUGGGCAUUCCCGGUGGCGUGUGCACGCCGGAGCAGUACCUGCGCAUGGACGCGCUUGCAGACGCGCACGCCAACGGCACGCUGAAGCUGACGACCCGGCAGGCGUUUCAGCUGCACGGCGUGCUCAAGUGGAAUCUCAAGGCGACGAUCCGCGACAUCAACCGCGGGCUCAUGGACACGCUGGCGGCGUGCGGGGACGUGUGCCGCAACGUGAUGGCCAACCCAAACCCGGUGCAGUCGCAGGCGCACGCGGAGGUGCUGUCCUUUGCGCGCCGCCUCUCUGCGCACCUCAAACCAAAGACAACGGCCUACCACGAGAUCUGGCUGGACAAGAAGAUGGUGGUUGGCGACACGCACACGGACGUGGAGCCGCUGUACGGGCCGUCGUACCUGCCGCGAAAGUUCAAGGUGGCGAUUGCGGUGCCGCCCAUGAAUGACGUGGACGUGUUUGCGCACUGUCUCGGGUACAUUGCCAUUCUGGAGGAGGGCCGGCUGGUCGGGUGGAACGUGAGCAUUGGCGGCGGCAUGGGCAUGACGCACGGGAACACGCGCACGUACCCGCGCCUGGCGGACCUGCUUGGCUUUGUCACGCCCGAGCAAGCGCUGGAGGUCGGGGAGAAGGUGAUGCUGAUCCAACGCGACCACGGCGACCGGGUGAACAGGAAGCACGCGCGCCUCAAGUACACGCUGGAGGACCACGGGCUGGUGUGGUACCGGGAGCAGGUGGAGGCCAUGACCGGGUUCAAGCUGCAGCCUGCGCGGCCGUUCCACUUUGAGAGCAACUCGGACCGCUACGGGUGGAGCGAGGGCGUGGAUGGGCGCCACCACUACGGCAUGUACAUUGAGAACGGGCGGAUCCGCGACACGGAGACGUACCAGCUGAAGACUGCGCUGCGGGAGCUGGCGAAGACGCACGCAGGCGACUUCCGGCUCACGGCGAACCAGAACCUGAUCAUUGGCGCGGUGAGCACGGAGGACAAGCCGCGCGUGCAGGCGCUGUUGCGCAGGUACGGCAUUGACAACGGCCAGUACAGCGGGCUCAGGCUCAACUCCAUGGCGUGCGUUGCGCUGCCGACGUGCGGGCUGGCGAUGGCGGAGAGCGAGCGGUAUCUGCCGGCGCUGCUGGACAAGGUGGAGCGCAUCCUGGCGCGGGCGGGCCUGACGUCGGAGGCAAUUGUGAUUCGCAUGAGCGGGUGCCCCAACGGCUGCUCUCGCCCCUACGUUGCGGAGAUUGCGCUGGUGGGCAAGGCGCCGGGGACGUACAACCUCUACCUCGGUGGCGGGUUUGCUGGCAACAGGCUGGCCAAGAUCUACAAGGAGAGCAUUGGCGAGGUGGAGAUUCUGGCGAUUCUGGAGGACCUGAUUACGCGGUAUGCGCGCGACCGCUUGUCGCCGACAGAGCGGUUUGGGGACUUUGUCAUCCGCAUUGGGCUUGUGGCGCCCACGCUCGCAGGCCGCCUCUUUCAUGAAACAGACAUGCGCGCAAACAACGCCAUCAAGACCUUGUCAGGCACCACCCAGAUUUACUGGUAGAGGGUGUGUGUGUGUGUGGG